UACCGUUGAACUGCAUUCGAAACAGUGGCCAUUACUGGUCUGAGCGUGCGGCAAAGAUCAAACGUCAAGCCAAUUUAAUGAAAUCAAAUCGGUGGUCAAUCUUUGGACGCGCAAAAGCAUGUAACAUUUUCCUUGUAGCGAAACUCUGGUACGUGCUCCAGGUGAUUUGCUGUGCGAGAGGCCAAAUUAAAAAAUUCCAUAGAGUUUUUGCGACUUUUGUCUGGGAUUCCACUUGGGAACCCAUGCAACGAGACAACCUUUUUCGCUCCAUUGAUACAGGGGGACUUGGGCUGAUUCAUCUAUUUUUAAAACAGGUGGUUGUUCGUUUUAUGUUCUUCCGAACUGUAUCCCAUCAUUUCCUGCGCACUUACGUGCAGACAGAACUUUCAGAAGCUUUACCAUACUUGGUAGUCUCAUCUGUGCCUGUAGGCACAUUGCGUCCUUUCGGUUUCCUUGGAGAGGUAGUUAGCGCGAUUGAAUUUUUGAAAACCCGGUUUUCUCUGGAGUAUUUAUUUAAAGUUCCCCGAAAAACAAUUUAUGCUGAUCUGAUAGACGUUGUUUUUCCUGUACCUUUGUAUCGAAGCGUAUUUGGUAACGGUUCGGAACAAGAUGUUUUUAAACGUGUGAAGAAAAUGCGAGUGUCACCUUCUGCAAAAACCUUUUUCUUUAAACUUCACACUUCCACGCUACCUGUUAAGCCUUGGCUUCAAGAAAAAGGCAUUUUCGUUCCGUGGUCAGUGAACUGCCGCCUUUGUAACCAACCGGAAACUAUAGAACAUUGUUUUAUUUUCUGCACUGAUGCUUACCUAUUCUGGGAUGUGUUACAAAGAACUGUGAAAAAAGAUUUAAAUAUAAGUGCCUACACAAUCCGUUUUCUACCUUUAAACCCGAAUGACAGCUUCCCUUAUGAUCUGUUUACACUGAUGGGUUUGCAUAGUCUCUGGAAAACGAGAAUGAUUGACAGAAAUGCUGAUGCUCCCCGGACAACAAAGUCGAAUUUUAUAGAAACUGUAUCACAUGUACGAAAUGUAUUUGACCAUCUCGGUGAACGCCCAGACUGGUAUGCUCUCUUAAAUCGAUGCAUUCAUCUUCCGGAUUUUUAG